AUGAGGUCGAUGAGAGUUUCACUUUUGGGAACCUUUACAAAGCUCCAGCUGUUCUGGGAUUGGACGGUGUCAACAGCAAAGGUCACAGGGAUCACCUCGGAAGUGGUUGAUCGUCGUCUCGCGAUCGAGGCUGAGGGAUCUUUGCUGUUUGGGGAAGAAAUGGAUCCUUAUCCCAGAUCCUCCAUCGAGGAUGACUUCAACUAUGGCAGCAGUGUGGCGUCAGCCAGCCUCGACAUCCGCAUGGGGUUUCUGCGGAAGGUGUACAGCAUUUUGUCUGUCCAGAUUAUUCUUACUACUGUGACGUCUGCAGUGUUCAUGUAUAGUGAUACAGUCAAGGAUGUUGUUCAUGGAAGUCCCGCAUUGCUAUUGGUAGCAUGUUUAGGAUCCCUGGGUCUAAUAAUUGCUCUGGCAAUCUACAGACAUCAGCAUCCCGUUAAUCUGUAUCUCCUGUUUGCUUUUACCCUGCUGGAAGCUUCGGCUGUGGCUGCUGCUGUCACCUUUUAUGACUAUUCAGUGGUUCUGCAAGCGUUCAUUCUUACAACAGCUGUAUUCGUUGCAUUGACUGUCUACACGUUUCAGUCAAAGAGAGACUUCAGUAAAUAUGGAGCAGGUCUCUUUGCAUGUCUGUGGAUUUUGAUCCUGGCUGGGUUGUUAAGACUGUUCUUCUUGAGCGAUACAGUGGAGCUUGUAUUUGCAUCUGCAGGAGCACUCCUCUUCUGUGGCUUUAUCAUCUAUGACACACACAUACUGAUGCACAAACUUUCACCUGAAGAAUAUGUACUGGCUUCAAUUAAUUUGUACUUGGAUAUCAUUAAUCUAUUCCUGCAUAUCCUUCGAAUCCUGCAAUCACUUAACAAAAAGUAAUCAUGAGGAUUAUUGAAGAAAAUUAUGUUAAUAUGUCUCUAACUGAAAUUUAAUGAAGGGGUGCACGUUGUGUAUAGACUUGCUGAUUUAUUGUCUGAUUUUGUUCUUGAUGGAUCAUAUUUAUAUUCAUUGUAUGAUGUAGAUAAUUUUGAGUAAUUAUAGUCAAUUUAUAUAGUUUUUCUUUGAGGGGACUUGAGGACACACUUGGGCAAAUAGUUUUUUUUUUAAAUAUAAAUUGGAAUGGGCACCAAUCCAGACUCAGAAUCCUGCAAUGUUUUUUGUCUGCUUUCUUUGGUUUGAAAUUAGAUGUUUAAAACUUCUCUUUAGGCUCUAAAUUGAAAUUUGAUGCUAAACUGGGAGAAAGCAAUUUUAGAUCAGGCAUGGAUUCAAUGAAGGAUUGUCAUCUUAUCCUUUUUUCUAAUACAAUAAUACCUCUCUUGUAAUUAUUUGAGUGUUCAUAGGUUGAUGUCCUAUUCUGUAAAAACAUUUUUGUUCAAUUGCAUGUAAGCCAUCCCUUUGAAUAAAAUCUGAGCAGUUCACCAUU